CUAGGCUUGUUGUUACCAGGCAGACAGACUUUUCAAUAUGGCAGCGCCAGGCAACGCAGAGCAAACGCAGUUGCAGGAUAUGGAAGAGGACGAAGCAGGAGUAGAGGAAAGAGAGAUGGAAUCGGACGAGGAAGAAGGCAUGGGUGUAGAAAAUUCAGACGACGAAGAGGACGAAUCGUCGGAGGACGAGAAAGAAAAUGAAGCCGAGAUCCAGCGAUUGGAGGAGCAGCUUUCGAUCAACGCUUUUGACUACAACUGUCAUGUGGAUCUGAUCAAACUCCUGAAGCACGAGGGAGAACUUUUUCGUCUGAGAAAGGCGAGGCAGAAGAUGAGCGAGCUUUUCCCUCUCACUGAAGAGAUCUGGCUGGACUGGCUCAAGGAUGAAAUCCGUCUGACUGAGGAGGAUGCAAAUCGGGAGAAAGUGUACGAGCUGUUUGAGAGAGCUGUUAAAGACUACAUUUGCCCAGAGAUCUGGCUUGAAUAUGCCCAGUAUUCAAUUGGUGGCAUGGGGUCACCUGGUGGGAUAGACAAGGUCAGAUCUAUCUUUGAGAGAGCGGUAACAGCGGUGGGACUCCACAUGACCAAGGGGCAGACGCUGUGGGAGGCCUACAGAGAGUUUGAGAAUGCACUUUUGUCUACGUUGCAGCCUCCCCCUGGCAGGAUUCCCAGCCACGAGGAGCAGGAACUGCUCAACAAUCAGCUCGAGCGAAUCCAUACAUUGUUUCGCCGCCAGCUGGCCGUUCCACUAAUGGAAAUGGAAACCACCUAUGCUGAGUAUGAGGAGUGGUCUGAAAACGGGGUUCCUGAGACUGUCGUCCAUCAGUACAAAAAGGCUUUGCAGCAGAUGCAGAAGUGCAAAUCUUAUGAAGAAGCUCUGCUGGUAGCAGAACCUCCUAAACUGGCAGAAUAUCAGGCCUACAUUGAGUUUGAGCUAAAGGAGGGGGACCCACCACGGAUCCAGAUUACCUUCGAGCGAGCUCUGGCUGAGAACUGCCUGGUUCCAGACAUGUGGACUAAAUACACCACAUAUCUCGAUCGUCAGCUGAAGAUCAAAGACUUGGUUCUGUCCACUCACGAGCGAGCGGUCAGGAACUGCCCGUGGACCAUGAGUCUGUGGAAGAGCUACCUGUUGGCCCUGGAGAGGCAUGGCAGCGACCAUCACACUGUGUCAGAUGUUUUUGAGAAGGCUCUGAACGCAGGCUUCAUUCAAGCCACAGAUUAUGUAGAAAUUUGGCAGGCCUACCUGGACUACCUGAGGAGACGUGUGGAUUUCUCUAAAGAGUCGAGUAAAGAGCUAGAAGAGCUACGAGCAGCCUUCUCUCGGUCUCUGGACUACAUGAAACAAGAUGUAGAAGAAAGGUUUGGUGAAAGUGGAGAUCCCUCUUGUGUCAUCAUGCAGAUUUGGGCACGGAUAGAGGCCCGCCACUGCAAGAACAUGCAAAAAGCCAGAGAGCUAUGGGACAGCAUCAUGACCAAAGGGAAUGCCAAAUAUGCCAACAUGUGGUUGGAAUACUACAACCUUGAAAGGGCCUACGGGGACACUGCUCACUGCAGGAAGGCUCUUCACAGAGCUGUCCAGUGCUCCUCGGACUACCCAGAACACGCCUGUGAAGUCCUGCUCACGUUUGAGAGAGUAGAAGGAACUUUGGAGGAUUGGGACACGGCGGUGCAAAAGACGGAGACCAGACUGAACAGAGUUAAUGAACAACGAGCGAAGGCGGCUGAGAGAGGAGCCACCCAGGUCCGCCAAGAGGAGGAGAGGGUUGAGCAGCGGCGGAAGGCCAAGGCAGAUAAGAAGUCUCAGAAGAAGGUGCAAAAGGGUCGAGCUGGAGAGAAGAGGAAAGCGGGACGGGAUGACGAUCAGGAUGAAUGGAACAAGGAUUCUGCUCCUAAAAGGCAGAGAGCAGGCGGCGACAACAGCGCUACAGAUGAGUUCAUGGAGACGGAGACCGAACUCUUAAGGAGAAACGCUCCCCCUGGAUAUAAACCCGGAGGCGGCACUAAAAAGCCCCAGCAGGAAGCAGGGCUCCCCCCCCGGAACCAAAACGACGAAAAACCGGAGCUGCGAGACGAUACCUCCAGCGUGUUCAUCAGCAACCUGGCGUACACCAUGGAGGAGCCCGAGGCGAAGCUGAAGGCGCUUUUUGAGACCUGCGGUCCGAUCAAGCAGAUCCGACCGGUCUUCAGCAACAAAGGGAGCUUCAAAGGUUACUGCUACUUACAGUUCGAGUCCUUGGUGUCGGUGUCCGAAGCGCUGAAGCUGGACAGACGGGAAGUGGAGGGCAGGCCGAUGUUCGUGUCUCCCUGUGUGGACAAAAGCAAAAAUCCUGACUUUAAGGUGUUUAAGUACAACACGUCGUUGGAAAAACACAAGAUCUUCAUCUCCGGGCUGCCGUUCUCCAUCACUAAAGAGCAGCUGGAGGAAAUGUGUAAAAACCACGGCUCCGUCCGAGAGGUCCGUCUAGUCACAUAUCGCUCAGGAAAGCCUAAGGGUUUGGCGUACGUGGAGUUUGCUGAUGAAGCGCAGGCCUCUCAGGCAGUUCUGAAACUGGAUGGCAUGGAUGUGGAGGGCUGCAAAAUCUCUGUUGCUAUAAGCAACCCUCCUCGUAGGAGUAUGAUGGACAAGCCCGGUUCUAGCCGGCCCGCGGCGGAUAUGAUGUCCCGUCAGGUCUACGGAGCGAGAGGCAAAGGGCGAACUCAGCUCUCCUUACUCCCUCGUUCCCUGCAUCGUCAAACGGCGCCUGUGGGUAAAGUAGAGAACGGGACUGCGGCUGAGCGAGCGACGGCCAGCACGGCGCCCAACGCCGCCGGGGAGUCCAGAUCUUUGUCGAACGCAGACUUUGCCAAGAUGCUUCUGAAUAAAUGAGACAAAGAGGAGAAAAACAACCGCCUUCACACUGAAAGCCAUCUUGUGUCCUUAUAAAAUAGCGUUGGUGAUUUUCCUGUAACUGUUUACCUGAGCGUCCCUUUAAUCUGAGACAUGGUUGCCUUAAUCGUCUUGCUCCUGCGUCGCCAACAGGAACAAACUAGAGAGUCUGGUUGGAUGUGGCUGUUUUAUUAAGUGUACGAUAUUUGUGUGUAAAUAUACUUUAAUGGAAGCUGUUUGCUUUUGUUGUGAACUGUUAAAGGCAUCCGACGGAAGAUUAUGUGAAAGUAUUUUUUUAAAUAUUCCAAACAGCAGAACUUGUGAAUGUUGUUUAAAAAAAAAGGUAAAUGCAGAAGUUGUGGUCUGGUGUAUUAUAGUAGCUGUGUGUACAGAAUGUGGACGUGCUGCGGUGAUCAAAUGUUCGGCUGUUUUAACAGAAACAAGAACUUUAUGCUGUAACUUAUUUAGAUGUAUAAACACUCGUUGGAGUUAACUAAACCAGGUUUUUCUUUCAUUAUUAGGUUGGAAUAAUAGUUGAACCAUUUAUUAAUAUGCAUUGUGUUGCUGUGGCGUGACGCCUGAACCAUCCGCUUAUUUGAAUGGAGCUCGUUGUUCUUGUUAUACGGUAAGAAAGCUGCAGACGUUCCUCACAUUAUUACAUCAUUUCCGAGUUCAUUGUUUAUCUGUUUUUCUCAUUUUAAUGGUUUGUGCUUCUGGUUAAUAACGUUAAAGAUUUCAUCAUCUCUGUUUCAGACUCACGGUUUUGUUCUCAGCCCCAGAAAAAGGCUUCUGAUGCAUUUCAUUUCCUUUUUCUUCUAGAGCUCAAAUAGACAAAACAAAUGAUGCAAAUUUGUCUGAUUUUCUUUAUGUAAAUAAAUAGUAUUUUACUUCCAAUGUUCAAAA